UUUUAGAUUUUUAAAAAAAUUCAAAAUGACACCCCCAACCCUAAUCCAACAAAAUUUAAAUAAUCCCCAAUCAUUAACUUCCUCAGCGUCCACUGCAAGUUUAAAAUCACGUUUAUCCCCACACUUGGAAGAUGAUACUCUUGUGGCUAUGUUUAGACGAAUUUGCUCUGACGAAAGCAAACUUGAUAAAAUUGUUUUGAAACACAACGACAGACAAUGGACAUUAGCACAAUUGGAUGAAAUAACUGACAGAUUAUCUCAAUUAUUUGUUACAAAAUUUUCAUGUAAGAAGGGUGACUGUAUAGCCAUUUAUAUGAAUAAAUGUGCUGAAUAUGUAUUUGCCUAUAUUGCUGCCUUGAAAGCUGGUGCUGCUUAUUUACCUUUGGAUAUUACUUAUCCUGAUUCAUUGCUUAAAUCUGUACUUGAUGAGGUUAAGCCUGCAGUUGUUUGUAUAACAUCAACAAAUUCUUUAAAUAAUUUUCCUGAAAAUACUCCACUAUUAUUACUUGAUGAAGAUGGAAAAUGGUUAUUGUCUUUUGAAGAAGAAAAACUGGAAAAAAUUGAAGAAAUAAAUUGUGAUAAUUUAGCUUAUAUUGUUUACUCUUCUGGAACUACUGGAAAGCCUAAAGGUUUGGGAAAAUUUUUUUGA